CAUGAAAUAAAAAAAAAGAAAAGAAAAGAAAAAAGAGAGUAUAGUUCAAGAUAAACAUAAACACAUUAUAUAACCGCUUUCCUUACCAAAAAAUUCCAAAUAAAUUACACGCAUCUCAUCAAAUCUCCAAACCCUAAUUUCAAAGCAAUCAACAAAUACCCUUUUUCGAUCUAAAUUUCGUUGCUAUUUUAAGGAAUUAUGGCUCUCGCCCAGACUUACUAUUCUCAAGGCGGCCCUUUUCGUGGAGACUCUAGGUCUUUUUAUGGUAGAAACCAGAUUGGUGGAACGGUCCAUUCCUCUGCUUACAACCAUUGUAACGCUGCUGUUGGCCAUGUUUUCAACUCUAAUGGCUCCCAUGACUUUAGUAGAAAUUUUAACGAGUAUGGCUACAAUUAUGAUAAUUUCAUAAAGCCUGAGGCUGAACCUUCUUUGAAGAGGAGGAAGUGCUCAACUUCUGGUUGGGAAAGCAGUGGCAGGUACUCUCAAGCACCCAAUGCAUGUAAAAAAGAUGUUCCUUCAAAGCAGCCAAGCGCAUGCUAUAAUGUUCCUGUAAGGAAUGCUAGAGCGUAUGAUGAUCCUUAUUCAACUGGUAACAACAAUUUAGCCAUUACUACCAGUACUUCUAGACCUCCUCCUGAUGCAAGGGUACCCAAGUGCUCUAAGCGCGACCGUUCAUGGCUUGAGGAUACCGAAACUGAUAAUAUCUUUAUGUCUAAAGAGGAAAUUGAGAAAUGCUCUCCGUCGCGGAAAGAUGGUAUUGAUGCAAUGCAUGAAGCACAUUUGCGAUACUCGUAUUGUGCUUUCCUUCAGAAUCUUGGUAUUCGCUUGGACCUGCCCCAGACCACAAUAGGAACUGCCAUGGUUCUGUGUCACCGCUUCUUUGUGAGGCGAUCACAUGCAUGUCAUGACAGAUUUUUGAUUGCGACUGCAGCUCUCUUUCUUGCGGCGAAGUCAGAAGAGACUGCACGGCCUCUCAACAAUGUUCUGAGGGCCUCAUGUGAAAUUUUCCACAAGCAGGAUCUUGCAGUUCUAUCAUAUUUGCUACCUGUGGACUGGUUUGAGCAGUACCGUGAGCGUGUUACUGAGGCUGAACAGAUGAUAUUGACCACUUUAAAUUUUGAACUGAAUGUGCAACAUCCAUAUGAACCUCUUACAUCCACCCUUGAAAAAUUAGGGCUUUCUGAAACAGUGUUGGUGAAUCUGGCACUGCAUCUUGUCAGUGAAGGGCUCCGAAGUUCACUCUGGCUUCAGUUCAAGCCUUACCAGAUUGCUGCUGGGGCUGCAUAUCUUGCGUCAAAAUUUCUGAACAUGGAUUUUUCGUCGCAUCAUUCUGUCUGGAAAGAGUUCCAAACACCGCCAAAUGUACUUAGAGAUGUUGCGCAACAGUUGAUGGAGCUAUUUUAGGAGAUCAUGAGAGACAGCAAUGAACAUCAGCAACUUAAAAAGGACAAUAUCAACAUUUUUUGGGUCUUGGCUUGGUAGAUGUAUUUGUAGAUUCUACCAUCAUGCAUAGGAUUAAUUUGGGGUUCAAUUCAGUAUAUAGGUUCACGGUUAAACUUUUUGGUUUGAAAAUAUCUAUGGAGUGCCUCCUGUGACUUUUCAUCUAAUAUCAUAUAGGAAAAGAAAUUCUUUCUCCGUGUAAAUUGUUUCUUCUUUCACUGUAAAAGUGUCCAUUAAUUAUGGAAUCUGUUGUUUUGGACCUCAGCCUUUAAUGAUAUUCCUGGUUAAAGAUGUAA